UGUCCAACCAACAUCAUAGAAGAGGUGGAGCUGGGAUUGUCGACUUUAAGCAUUCCUUUCGACAACCCGACUAUCAUGGACGCGUCCAACACUGCAAUGAUUACAUCAUCGAGCCAUACAUCUCCCUGGAUGUUCCCAGUAGGUGAAACAACCACUGUUACCUUUGAUGGCAGAGAUGAGAGUGGGAAUGAAGGCUCCUGCUCACUCAACGUCACAGUAAAUACAGUUGACUCGACCAAUCCGUUCCUUGUGUGUCCUGCAGACGUCAACAUGACCAUUGAGUUAGGACCAACAGAAUAUGAGAUUCCUUUUCUUGACGCUAUUGUCGUUGACUUGGCAAUAACCACCCUAUCAUCAAGUCACACUCCCCCAGGACCGUUUCCUGUAGGUUCCACUACUGUUGUAACAUUCACAGCCAUCGAUGAGAGUGGAAAUCAGGGCAAUUGUUCGUUUAGCAUUGAUUUCAAUAUAGUUGACACAACAGGACCAACGGUCACAUGUCCACCUAGCGUCACGGAAAUAGUGGAGAGUACCCAACCAGCAGUGGUCACCUUCGACAAUGCUACAGCCACUGACCUGUCCGGCGUCGUGAUAUUUGUUUCUCAAUCUGCCCAGUCCGGAGGUGUAUUUCCAUUCGGAUUGUCAACCGUGACUUUCACCUUCCAAGAUUCUUCUGGCAAUAAUGGCUCCUGUGAUCUACCAAUCACUGUGGGUGAGUAUAGCGAGGGUGGGUCUAGCCGGGCCGGAAUUAGCCCCAAAGCUUUCCGCGGGUGCUAA